AUAAAUAAUAAAUUGCUUAGUACUCUGUUUCAAGUACAUACCUAUACGGCUAUAAUACAACUCAAUAUAUCUAGAAAAUAUGUUUAUUUUAGUCAUACAAAUACAAUUGAAUCAAACACUAUAGCUACAAAAUAUACGAGUAAACAAUAAUUAGCGAAUCGUUUUUUUUCUCGAUAAUUAAUUGGAAAAAUAAUUUAUUUAAUUUUAACUAAAAUGAGCUGCAGUGAAAAGAAAUCAAAAAAAAAGAUAACAGUUAGGGUGAAACGUCAGUUACACCCAAGCUGCGAAUGGAUUCCAAUCGGAACAGGAAACCAUUAUAAAGGAAAAUGGAAUCAUAGGACGAUGUCCGGUUACGGAGUUUACGUUAUGCGAAAUGGAACUGUCUAUGAGGGCAAUUUUGACGACGGGUUGUUUCACGGAGAUGGCACUAUGUACUAUCCAUCAGGAUCCCGGAUUGAGGGAGUUUGGGAAAAAGGAAAAUGCGUACAACAAAAUUACAUAUUCAGCGACGGUCUCAGGUUUCAGCAAAAUAAUUGGCAGUACUGUAAGGCGCCCGAUAGAAGAUUUGCCAUCGAACAUACCAACGGUUUUGAACCAGCUGCUAGGAGUUAUGUUACCAAUCGGCAGCCCACGGUCGAAGUGCCGGACGGAGCGUAUGACGCCGGUGAUGGAUUUUACUGGCCACUUACUAACACUGUACACGAUUACUUGACAAAUGCGCUGAUUAGAGUCCCGACGAUGGAAAGCAGUAAGUGGAUUAUUGAAAACUGUCAUCGAGGUGGCAAAAGAGUGGUAGGUUUUCGACCAGACCUGUUCAAAAAAUGGUAUGGUAGAGCAGCGGAAGAAAAUGAAGAAGGAUCUACGGCUGCGGAUAACAAUAAUCCGAAGAAAUCCGAAGAAAUCAUUCACAACGACCGAUCUGUAAUGGCCGAAAUCAAAUCAGCUCCUUCUUUCGAUUUACCUCUACAAAGCAUACGGUCGGUACAUGAACCAUCUACGUUGAAUCAAUCGUCAUCGACAUUGUCGUUGAUGGCGGAGAGUACUCAACUAAGUCGUUGCCAAAAGACGUUGAUAUUGAAUCACAGAGUGGAUGCAAACGAUUUCAAUUAAUGUUGAACAUAUUGAUAAUUUCAGGAUCACUGCCGACGGCGACACUUAGAUAUAACAAUAAUAAAAACAAAUUUCAGAUAAAUAAUUUUCCAUAAUAUAACUGUACAAAUUAAGAAAUAAAAGUUCCAAGAUCUUAAGUACGGUACAGUAUGAUUUGAACAAA